GGUUGUUUUGCUGGGUAAAAGAAUAAUAAUUUUAGCUAUAUAUGCUUAGGCACGGAACGUGACGAAUGCAACAAAUACUUACAAUCUCCCAAUUUUUACAAAAUACAAGUACAAGUGUUUCAGAACAUAUUUUGAAAAAAGAAAUACAUAUUGUUCAAAGCGAUUUACCCUGUGUGAAUAUGUAUAAGUUGAAUGGAAGACGUCGAUAAAAGCCACCAAAAUUUGCUGAUUAGAAGACAGUCUAUCGAUACUGCUAUCGAAAAUACUUACAUUUGCCGAAGUGAUAAUUAUUAUAAUUAAACAUGUUGAGACAGGCAUUACCAUGGAUUUGGAAAACUACGUUGGAACAAACAACGUCAAACAAAAGGUAUAUUCAUCUAAUUCCUAUGGUUGUUGAGCAAACGGGUAGAGGAGAACGCGCUUAUGAUAUUUUCUCACGAUUAUUAAAAGAACGUAUUGUGUGUGUAAUGGGACCAAUACAUGAUGAUUUAAGUUCUUUAGUUGUGGCUCAGCUGUUAUUUCUUCAAUCUGAAAAUUUUAAUAAACCAAUUCACAUGUAUAUUAAUUCUCCUGGCGGAGUUGUAACUGCAGGACUGGCAAUAUAUGACACAAUGCAGUAUGUAAAACCUCCAAUUUCAACAUGGUGUGUUGGUCAAGCCUGUUCUAUGGGUUCUUUACUGCUAACUGCAGGUACUACAGGUAUGAGAUAUUCCCUUCCUAAUGCUCGGAUCAUGAUACAUCAACCUUCUGGAGGAGUACAGGGACAAGCAACGGACAUACAAAUCCAGGCGGAGGAAAUUAUAAAGCUAAAAAAACAAUUGACAAAUAUUUAUGUAAAACAUACCAAACAAUGUUAUGACAAGCUUCAACAGAAUAUGGAACGUGAUAACUUUAUGUCGCCAGAAGAGGCGAAAAAAAUGGGUUUAAUUGAUCAUGUUCUAGAACAUCCCCCUCAAGCAGAGGUAGAGGGGGAAGUAAUGAGCACAGUUAAACUUUCAGAAGCGGAAGUAUGAAUGUUUAAAUAGUACACAAUUAAUAAAACUUUUUUGUGACUUAUAUAGAUAUAUACUCGUACUUAUAUAGCCAUUUACAUUUUAUAUUUGAAUGGGAAUAAAAUAUGUACUCAGA